GCGCUCUCUCGAAUGCUCCAUCGACAGGAGGACCGAUCUACCAACCACAUUGCGUUUACCCUGCCUGCAGCAUCUCAUGAUAUCCAGUCGCUGUAUUCUAGCGCUCCAUGCUUUCCUGCAAAGGUUGGAUGCAUCCUACAUCACCGCGAUCGAAGUGAAACCUGAACAUUCAAGCGAAUUGUACGACCCCGCCUAUAUGGGCGGUGUAUUCUCGGAUGCGUUUAAGACCAUUGCCGAGAAAUGGCCUGGACUGUUGAGAUUCGGCAUGUAUUACCGCUGUCCGCUGGCAGCUCCUCACAUUGUCGUAUGGCAACUUGGAGAGUUUGCGUCACUCUUCAAGUGCACUCAGAUGAAGUCAUUUAUCGUCAACGUUGAGCCAUUCGUUGUCAUUCAAGACGAGCACGUAAACGAGUUGGUGAGAGCAUGGCCGGAUCUGGAGGUACUUGUGGUCGGCUCAUUGAUGACGUCGGUAACACACUAUUCUUCACUGAUGCGCGCCCUGUCGUACGAAUCAUUCAUCCUAUUGUCUACUUCUCCCUUCCUGCGGACUCUCAUGCUCAACAUUUGCCCACUUGGGCAAGAACCCGAAGACUCUGCCCUGCUACACUUGCCGAGGGAAAAGAGCCAUCUCGAGACGGUGAUUAUUCGCGACCCAGAGCAGGACGAAGCCCAGGAUUUCGUUCUACGAUUUCUCCGCGCGCUCCUUCCCACCCUCACCUUCAAACUCCAAGGCGAAUGUCCGAGAUGUAACUUUGACAGCAGGUUACAUAAAGUCGACCAUUGGAUAUUCGAACGGACGCCCGUGUGCUGCAUCCGGGAUGUGGCGGAACGGCUUGGCAUUCCUGGGAUGCACGGGUGUGUGGCGAAGACCCGCCUGCAGAGGAAGAUCGAGGGAGAAUGUAUUCUCUGUCAGAUGGAUCUUGUCAGCAACUUUGAGACGUUUGCUGAGUGGAGUAACAUGUAUGGGUAAUAAUAGGUGAUGGGAAUAGAAGGUAAGUGUAGGAAAGCGUUGUUGUCUUAUAUUGUUGUACUUGUGUACAGGAUCUAUCGUGAGCCAUCCC